CUCAUUCAUUGCUUCUCUCUGGGACCACGCACCAUCCCUCCAAGAUGCUGGCAAAGACAGUUACAGGAAACUUUGCCAAUGUGAUUCAUGGUUUGAAUGCAAACCACCUGACAGACCAAGUCAUUCAGAGAAGCAAGCGAAUGAUUCUGGAUACUCUGGGAGUAGGCCUUCUGGGGACCAGCACCGAGGUCUACCACAAAGUGAAACAGUACAGCAAAAUCUACAGCUCAGAUAUAUCCAGUACCAUCUGGGGCCACUUGGAUUUCCGACUGCCUCCUCUGUAUGCAGCUUUUGUGAAUGGAGUGGCUGUGCACUCAAUGGAUUUUGAUGACACGUGGCAUCCAGCUACACACCCCUCUGGGGCUGUGCUCCCUGCCGUGAUUGCUCUCUCCGAAGCCUUUCCUCAGAAGAAAAAAAUCUCAGGUCUUGACCUGCUCUUAGCUUUCAACGUGGGAAUUGAGGUGCAAGGCAGGUUGCUACGUUUUUCCAACGAAGCCAGGAAUAUUCCAAAAAGGUUUCACCCACCAACUGUGGUUGGUACAAUGGGGAGUGCAGCAGCUUGCGCAAAACUGCUAGCUCUUGACCGGGUGAAAUGCAAAAACGCCUUGGCUAUUGCUGCCUCCUACGCAGGUGCCCCCCUGGCGAACGCAGCAACCCAAACGAAGCCCCUCCACAUUGGCAACGCUGCCAAGCACGGACUGGAAGCAGCUUGCUUAGCCUCACAGGACCUUCAAGGAAACAAACAGAUCUUGGACAUGGAGUCAGGGAUGGGUGCCUUUUACACAGAUUACAGCCCACAGUCCCUGCCAACCUUGCAGUCCUACGCCUGGCUGCUGGACCAGCAAGACGUGGCCAUCAAGCGCUUCCCUGCUCAUCUUGGUACACACUGGGUGGCUGAUGCAGCGUCUUCUGUUAGGAGGAAGCUCGUAGAGAGCAGCGACAAUGUGCUUCCCCUUGAUAAAAUUGAAAAAGUCAUUGUCAAAGUCCCAGAAGUCAAGUACGUGAACAGACCCAACCCGAACUCGGAACACGAAGCUCGACACUCCUUCCAGUUCGUUGCCUGCUCUUCUCUGCUGGAUGGCAGCAUGUCAGUCCAGUCCUUUGCCAGUGAGAACAUCCACCGCCCAGCCUUACGGGAGCUUCUCUGCAAAACUCAGCUAGAGCACCCUGCCGAUAACAAACCUAGCUUCGAGAGUCUUUACUGCGAAGUGACUGUCGUGCUUCAGGACAGCAACACGAUUAGCGACCGCUGCGACACCUUCUACGGACACUGGAGGAAACCUCUGGCAAAGGAGGACCUGGAGAAAAAAUUUCAGUCCAACGCUUCUGAAGUCCUCCCUGCAGAAGCCACAGAAGGCAUUAUAGAGACUGUGUACAACCUGGAAAAAGUAAAGGACUGUUCCAUAUUAAGUAUGUUUCUAUCAGGACAGUCAGCUAGAGCACUUUCAAAGAAGCUGUGCUUACUUUGAAGUUACAGCUAAAUGCUCUUCACAAAGCAAACAAAAUUCAGGAAGAGCCCUUAGUGACUCAAGCACUUUUAAAUUGGACUUACUAACACAAGAGCCAUUGUCAGGCCAAUAUUCUGGUUUUUGACUAAGUAAUUUAGAAAUAACAUGCACGGUUCAGUCAGAGAGGCUGAAGAUCUGCUGGCACAGUCUACUUCAAUUAUCUUUGUAUCUCUAGAGGCAGAGCACUGUCUGCGUACUGCAUAAAAAUUUCCCUAGUCUUCUGCCAAAAGAAGCCUGCACAUUCUGCUUCUGCAAAAUCACUUUGUAAAGGAAAUCCAAAUUCUGGAGGAGUAUGGAAAUGCUGUCUCUGUGAGAAACACCACUGUGGGGACAGAAAAUAAGUCUCUAAACAUGUAUUUCUGUACAUUUAGCUAUAAAGUCUCCUUGAAGAGGCUGCCUCCUACAUCAGAGCUUCGACGUUUGUAGCAAAACACACAUACAAAACAGAGUAGGAGCUC